ACACCAACAUGGAGCUUUUGAAGCGAUCCUGGGAAGCCACACUAGCCAAGCAUGAUGUCCUUCGAACAAGCUUUCAUGAAACGACAGGGAAGGGGGAGUCAUGGAUUGGAGCCGUGCACAAGCAACCGGAAGUGAGAUGGGACAAUGUCGACCUAUGCUACAUCGAGCCUCCAGAUGAGUCUGCCGGUGCCGGAAAGGCCGCCGAAAAGCCAGCUCCCGAGAAAGGUCGACAUUCCAGACUUACCGGCAACCCCUAAAAGUUCAUGCAAGCUGAUGCCUUUUUUUCAGAUCAAGCCCCAACCCCAGCCAAGAAACCCAUAAUCCCCAAAAGCAAACGCAAGACCAAGUCCAAGAAGACAGCCAAAUACGUCGACAAGCGCCAAGCCAAGAACACAGACGACUUCAUGGAAGACCCCUCACUGUACGAGAGCUUCGACCGCAAGAUCCUCUCAGACAACGAUUACGGCCGACUCAACCUCGAUAGCGGCACCUUCUGGGACGUGCCUUCGGCCGAGGAGGAGCUGCGGGUCGAGCUACAGCGUAUCACCAGCGCCGUUAGCUAUCCUGACAAAUCCGCGUUCGCGAGGCCACCGGUCCAGAUCACGAUUUUGCGAAACGAGGAAGAGGUGGUUUUUGUGGCUUCUCUGCAUGAUGCGGUUUUUGCGGCGCCGGAGAAACCGCCGGUCGAGUCGGUGUUCGAGGACUUAUGGCGGACUUAUCAUGCGGAGGAUCCGACGUCAGAACAGGCGGCGACGCCGUUUUGGUUGAAUCGGAUCAAGAAGUAUCAGGCGGUUAAGUCUGCAUCGGGGGAGGAGAAUGAGGGUGAGGCGGAACAGGAAGGGGGGGGUGAGGACAUGUUCAUGUAGCUUGUGUCGUGUAGGAUGUCGUGAUCAAGCUACAGCCAUUCAGAAAUGGACAUGUUAGCAUGAUGUAUAGAUAGCUUUAAAAGUAA